UUAUUAACUUAUGGGUUUAUUAAUACCCUUGUUAUGCUCCCUCAUAAACAAGGUACUGCGAGAGCACGAGAUAACAAGGGUAUUAAUACAAUUAAUAUACGCUCCUCAUAAACAAGGUACUACUAUCUCUUUUUUUUUUUUCCAAAAUAUUUUUUUUUUUCCCACAUAACACUUUAAAUACAUCUCUUUCGAGAGCGAAGUCUCGAUCCGGUCAUGAAUAGGUACAAUUGCUUACAUUUUAAAAAGGCUCCAUUCACAAUUUCCCAUUAUAUCUUUUAAAAUUCAAAAUCAAAACAUAAAAAAAAAUUUAGUCCAAGCUCUACAGUAAAAGUUCGAAACCUAUAAGAACAAGUUUUAAUAUAAAUUCUAACAUCAUCAUCUAAACAAAUCUAUUAUAUCAAUACAAUUUGAUACAAUUUCAAAUUAACUCACUCAUUUUUAUUUCUAUUAAUCAAUCUUAAUCAUAUCUUGUUCUUCUUCUCCUUAUAUCUUUUUCCAUCAGUAUCAAAAAAGAAUUUUUUAAACAAUAUUCUAACCUCUUGUUCUAAUUAUUUACUUUACAAUUUUAUCACCACAAAUCUUGAUUUCAAAUUCUAUACCACUCCAUUCUUAUUACACUUUAUAAAGCAAAGUUCUAUCUAAUUCUUAGUCUCUUGACCCUUUCCUUAAUUCUUAAUAUCUUAAACUUUAUCAAUUUAUCUUUGAUUUUAUCUCCCUUGUCAUCUAUUACUCUUUUCAUGUUACACAGAUUUAUCACAAAAAUAUGUUUUGUUUAGUCUAAUUUUCAGCAUAUUUUCUUCUAUACCUCCCUCUGUUAUUUGGCUAUUAUUCAACAUAUUCUGUUAGGCUGGUUUCCAACAUAUUUUUCUCCAGAACACCAAAUAUUUUUGGCUAAUUUCAAUAUAAUCUCCUCCAAGCCUAUCAUUGUUAUUGGCUGCUUUCCAGCAUAUUAUAUUUGGCUGAUUUCCAGCAUAGUUUCCUCCUAUACUCCCUCCAUUGUUUGGCUGAUUUCCAGCAUAUUCUCCUCCAACUCUCCUCCUGUUUGUUUGGCUGAUUUCCAGCAUUUUAUUGGCUGAUUUCCAGCAUAUUAUGUUUGGCUGAUUUCCAGCAUAGUCUUCUCCAGGACUCCCACUCUUGUUUUUGACCACCUGUAUAUCAUCCUCUAUUUUAAUUGCCAUCUCUUAUUUUCUAUUUUUAUUACUCAAAAAGCUUUUCUGUUUUUAUCCAAAAAUCAUAUAUAUUUUUAGGCUUUUAAUCUUUACAUUUCAGUUCAGUUACAUUUAAAAUUUAUUACUUUAUUUCCUCCUUUUCUUCCUUUUUCUAUCUGUCCAUAAUUGUUCCAUUUCAAAGUUCAUCCGUUCGAAUUAAAAAAUUCUGUAUGUUCCUUUAAUGAUUUUAUAAUGUCUGUUCCGUGUGUAGUGCAUCAACUUCCUGUCUUUUUUUCCUGCGCCACACCUAAUUUUUUUUUCCAAGGCUUGUUAAUUUCCAUUGUCUAAUGUCCAAAAUAUUCCUUCUUUCUUCUUAAAAUCAUCUGGGACAGAAUAGAAACCUCCAAAGUCCAUAAAUCCAAUGUAAAUUUCAAGGCAAUCCAAAGUAAAAAGCCAUUUAAAAUGUUCCUUUUUCAAACAGAAAGGGAAAUCUCCUCAAUCCACUUUCCUGCUUAGUCACUGCAGACUCCAUGGCAAUUUUGUAGCCAUCCGUCUGUCUAUCUUCAUUAGCUUAACUUUCAAAGGUGUAAAUUCCCAAGGAGACAUUUCUCCAAACCGUUCCAAAUAAAAGCAAAGUCAAUUUACUGGGUUGUUAAAAGUCAAUUCUUCUAAGCCAAAUUUAAUAAAACAAAGACUAUUUCAGGUCCUCAUUCUAUUUUUUUUCUUUUUCUUUUAAAUCUUCAAGCCCCACGGCUCUGUAGCUGCUAUUUGAAGUUUGGGGUCUUAUUUUUUAAAGUCCAAAUAUGUGUGUUGUUUUGCCUGGAUUGGUGUCACUCACCCAGCUUCGAGACGUUCGCUCUCUAUUCUUCUCCGCUUCUCCUCCUCUUCUCCAGCACGAUCCUUGUUCCCAGCUGCCGCAGGAACAGGACAGCCGCCAUGGCUGUCGUUCCACUGCCGCCAACGUGAAGGGAAAGCCUCCAGCCCCGAGGAACCUGCCCAUUCCUCUCGGCCGUCAAAGGGGUCCCUUCUUGUCCCCCUGUCCCUUCAAGACAGGGGAGGUCCGCAGACCUGUCGGCGGCAGCUUAGCAGACAGGGUUUUGGCGAAGCUCUACGGAGCUUGCCAUUUCCAUCUGUGUCCCUGAGGCACCAACCGGAAGUCCCCGGUACUACUAUCUCUGAGAGACCAACUUGUUGAAAUAAUUCAGAUGAAAGGCGUUAUAGAAGAAUAUGGUAUGGUAUCAGGAUUCAGACUGAAUCAGAAAAAAAUCAAGAUGAUAGUUAAAAAUAUGACAGUUGAUCAAAAGAAGGAAUUUGAAAGGAAGGCAGGCUUUGAAAUAGUAUCAAAGGUGAGAUAUCUAGGAGUCCAAGUUGCAGAUUCAAAUAUAAAACUGUUUCAAAAUAACUAUGAGGUGUUGUGGCGAAAGGUACAAAAGGAUAUGGAAACCUGGAAAAAGAAUGUUCUACCUAGAUUUUUAUUUUUGUUUCAAAUGAUUCCGGUGCUUAAAAGCGAUAAACAUUUGACGGAAUGACAAAAAGGAGUGAAUAAGUUUGUUUGGAAUGAGAAAAAGCUAAGAGUUAAACUGAAAAUUAUGCAAGAUGUUCGUGCAAGGGGUGGUCUUAAACUUCCAAACCUGCGAUUGUAUUAUGAAGCAGCAGCAUUUACACAAGCAAGUGAUUGGUUUGGAAGGACAAAGACUGGAAUAUUGAAUAUUGAGAGUUUUGAUCCUGAAUUUGGUUGGCAUGCAUAUUUAUUCUAUGAAAACAAGGUGGAUAAAGUGUUCAACAGCCAUAUACUUAGAAGCUCCUUGAUGAGAGUAUGGAAGAAGCACCGACUCAAAUGGGAUUAUAAAAUACCGUUGUGGUUGGAUCUUGGUCAUAUUAUAUGGAAUAUAAAUAUAAAGUCACUCGGGGGGGUUUAUAUAAAGAAGUACUUUUGAAUGAUGGGGGCAGAUGGCAAUUGAAGUCAUUAAACACACUGUUGGAAUAAGGGAUUAAUUUAACCUGGUUACAGUAUAAUCAACUUCAACUGAGAUGGAGAGAAGAUCAAAAAAUUGGAUUAAUGUUCCAUGAAGAAGAAUUGGUUAGACAGAUAAAAGAGAAAGGCCCAAUGCAUAUUAAGAGGGUUUAUAAAGUUUUGUUAGAAAGAGACUCAGAAAAUGAAUUGGUUAAAGAUUGUAUGAUAAAAUGGGCGCAAAAUUUUGGAGAACCAGUUAUGAUGGAAACUUGGGGAAAAAUAUGGGUUCAGAAUGUUAAAUUCACACAGUCGCAGAAUUUGAAGGAAAAUUUUUAUAAAAUGUUUUAUAGGUGGCAUUUAGAUCCUAAGAAAUUGUCAUGCAUGUAUCCUGAUGUUCAACCAAAAUGUUGGAGAUGUGAUUGUUUAGAUGCUACAUAUUAUCAUAUAUGGUGGACAUGCAAGAAAGCAAAGGCUUUUUGAAUAAAAAUUUGAAAGACAAUGGAAAUGUCAAAACUGCUGACAGAGAAAGAGGAGCUGAAAUUAAAAAUUCAGGAGCUUACGAAUAAAAAUCUGCAACUGGCCAAAGAAAAAGAGGAACUCUUCAUACUCUGCAAAGAGUAUGAAGAAAAGCUGAGCAGUUUCCAUCACUGAUUUUGCGAUGGAAAACGAUUUGUUGAGAAAAUUAAGAGAAAACAUGAAAUGUCUCCAAAAAGAGGAAGAAACAUCCAGACUUCCUCUUCUGUCAUCUACCACAGAAGAAUGGAGACGUGCUGAGGUUUCCAGGUGUCCAGAAAUGCACAUGGGCCAGGAUUUAAGUUUAAAGAUGCGUUCCCAUCAGAUUGUUCAGACAAAAACUGAAAGACUGGAAGUAGAUCUGAAGAGAGCGAGGGACCAGAGUUAUAUAAAGACAAUGUCAAAAUUGCUGGCAGAAAAAGAGGAGCUGGCAUUAAAAAUUCAGGAGCUUAUAAAUAAGACUCUCCAAUUGGUCAAAGAAAAAGAGGAACUCUGCGAAGAGUAUGAAGAAAAGCUGAACAGAAAAAAUAGUUCAGAUGAGCCUGGGCAGCUGGACAAACUCAGACGAGAGAAUGAGUGUCUCAGCUGCAAAGUGCAGAAAUACGCUGGAGAAAAAGCAGAGCUCCUACGAGAAAAUAAUGACCUUAAAGAAGACCUUUAUAGAAAGGUAGCAAUGAUGUCGAAACUAACAUUGGAAAACAAAGAGCUCCAAAUGAAGACAGAGAUGCUGACAUCCAAAAAUAUUGAAAUAAGUGAUGAGAAAGAGGAGCUCUGCAGAGAUUACGAAGAAAGAUUGUGGAGAGAGACACAACUGAGGAAGGGCUGCUGCACCUUAUUGAUGGGCAGAGAGCAGAUGGACCAGAGACAUAGCAGUAGUGAAUGCAAAAGAAGCUCUGAGUGUCUGCCAAACAAGUGCAGACACUGCAGAAAACAAGACAGAAGCUCAAGACAAAAUGAAGCCUCAAAUGACUUGAUGUUUUCUUCUAUUUAAUUUGCCUUCUACAGGUACUUAAUAAAGCCUGAAAUCUCCUCAUUGACUGCGGUGUUCAUUGUGUUCGGAUUCCAAAAGAGCCAUUUAUCCAGCCCCUGGGCCAUUGCCUGAUACUUGGUGAAAAACACAUACAGAAAGACACAUAAAUAUAUCUGAUUUAUCAUAUCAGAUUUAGUUACUUUCAAUAACAAAGUAAAUUUACAAUCAAACAAAGGAUUUAAACAAAUUUACUAUUCAGAGGCAAUUGAGCCAAGAGACCAAGAUCACUGGCAAACCAGGCUCUCACCAGAAAUCAACUGUAUCCAUAAUGUAUCUGGGGUGGACCAGAUCUGGAAGCUUUCAAGGUGAAAAGGAAUCAACCAAAAUCAGGAUUGCUCCCCUGACUGCAGCAUUUCUAAUAUAACAGUGCAGCCUCUGUAGAAGGGAAGGUAUGCCUUAUUAGGAAAGUUCUCAACUUCCAUGCCCAUCCCACAGUUAUGGGCCAUGGUUUGGUCUUGCCAUAACCCUGGAAUUUGGGUGCCAAACUUUAAAACUAUGAAAUUGCCCUUUCAGCUCUGAGCUCUGCACUGGUUUGAGCACUCAGGGCUAUAUACCCAGAGCCUCAAAGUAUCUCCAUUGCUUGAAAUGGAGUUCCUAGCAGCUAAAGAAUGAUCAUUGGACUUGAUAUUUCUUGUAUUUAAUUUGCCUGCUACAGGUACUUAAUAAAGCUUGAUAUCUCAUUAA